CUGUUGCAGCGACUGGACGUGUAGUUCUCCGUGAUCGCGAGCAGGAAAUAAAUUCCAAAAUUUACAAUUUUGAUUUCCCAACACCCGUCUCGUUACGCCAACCUCUUUUUUUUUUACCGUGCAGCAAUAAAACACGACAAAAUUGUGUAUUAUUUUUGAUUGUGAAACAAAGCAACUUCUUAACUUUGGAUAUAUCCCGGAACAAAAAACGAAAAGAAAACGAAGAACGUAUAAAUAUAUACAAAUAAAAAGAUAUCUUGGCACCGCAGGAGCGACAGACAGCAGCUGCCAGGAUGCUCAAGUGGGCUGUCAACCAGCCGCGAAACUCGUACCUGGCCAACGAGCUGGCCAUGGGAUCGCAAACAGGAUCGGGAUCGGGAUCGGCAACAGGAUCAGGAUCAGGAUCAGGCUCGGGCUCAGGAUCGCUGGAGCCGAAGACCGAAGUGGCGGGCGCCAGCUACAGCGAGUUCCACGCCCUGCGCGGCAAACUGAAGAGGAAGUCGAUCGGCGUGGCUGCGGGCAAGGAGAACCAGCUGACCUCCACGCCACUGCCGGCCAGCUCCUUGAGCCUCCAUACCCGCACACCACUGCUCAAGGACGUCAGCAACAUCCUGGCCACGCCGCCAUCGGGAGGAGCAAGUGGAGCAACUGGAGGAGCAGCUGCUGCUCCCCUGAAGUUCGCCUGCACCCUGCCCACCUUCGAGGCGGAGUACUCGCCCAAUGCCGCCGUCAUCCCUGGCUCCCUGAUCGCCCUGCGCGGCGUGGGCAUCCCGGACAGCUACUUCGAGAAGCCGCGCUACCUGGAGCAGAAGCCACUGCCACAUCCCCAUCCGCAUCCGCAUCCGCAUCCAGUUCCUCCGGCCAGCGAACAGAAUACGCUCAGUUCCAGCCAGAUGGGCGAUGUGACCCUGGAGCGCAUGAUCGAUGCCAUCCUGGAGAGCAACCGCAAGGUGCUGCCCAACUCCAGGCAACAACAGCACCAACAUCAGCACCGCCAGCCCAGGCAGCAUCUCCGCCAGCGGCACAGGCUCAGGCAGCAGGUGCUUCGGAGCAGCCACGCCCACACCCACACCCACACCCAGACGCCCUCGCCCACCUACCGCCCCGCCUUCGAUCCGGCCAGCGAUCUGUGCGAGUACUGGAAGUCGCCCUCGCGGAGGGAUUCCCUGCCAGCGAAUGGCUUCGAGGAGCGGGAGGUGCGCUCCCCCACCGUGGCCACCGAGUCGCAGGAUCCCAAGCGGCACUCCCUGCAGCUGCGCAGGCAGCGGGUGGUGCGGCGCAAGCGGAAGAUCGCCACCAAGAUCUCCUCCAGCGUCAGGCAGUCGGCGCAGAAGCUACUCGCAGCGGCCAGGUCGGGAUCCGCAGUGCCCAGCCAGCGGUGCGUGCAGAAGAGGCGCCACAUCAGUCCGGACAGUGGGCACAACUCGACCAGCGACUUCGAGGAGGAGCUGGUGGCCAUGGGCUCCUGCGGCGGACGGGUGGAGGCGGUCACCAAGCGGCGGCUGAGCUUCUCCUACGCCGAGGAUCUGUUCGUGGAGAAGUGACCCACUUGGGGGCUACACCAAUGUCCUUGUGUUGAUUUUUGACUUCUGUUUGGUUAUAACGUGAACUUUUUUUUUUGAGUGGCUAAAAGCGCAGCAUUGCCUUGGAAAACGUAUGUUGAAACAGAUCCUAUAACUCACUAAGAAUCCUUUUUUUUCUAACAAAUAAAACAGCGAUUUGAAAAACUA